AUGGCAAAGCUUAUUCUCCUGACAGGUCUGGCUCUUCUGCUGAAUACUCAGCUAGGUUCUGCUUACCAGUUGACAUGCUACUUCACUAACUGGGCGCAGUACCGGCCAGGCCUGGGGAGCUUCAAGCCUGAUGACAUUGACCCUUGCCUAUGUACUCACUUGAUCUACGCCUUUGCUGGGAUGAAGAACAAUGAGAUCACCACCAUCGAAUGGGAUGAUGUGACUUUCUACCAAGCCUUCAAUGGCCUGAAAAACAAGAACAGCCAGCUGAAAACUCUCCUGGCCAUUGGAGGCUGGAACUUUGGAACUGCUCCCUUCACUGCCAUGGUUUCCUCUCCUGAGAACCGCCAGACUUUCAUUGCUUCAGUCAUCAAAUUCCUGCGCCAGUACGAGUUUGAUGGGCUGGACUUUGACUGGGAGUACCCUGGCUCUCGUGGGAGCCCUCCUCAGGACAAGCAUCUCUUCACUGUCCUGGUGCAGGAAAUGCGUGAAGCUUUUGAGCAGGAGGCCCAGCAGAUCAACAAGCCCAGGCUAAUGGUCACUGCAGCAGUCGCUGCUGGUAUCUCCAACAUCCAGUCUGGAUAUGACAUCCCCCAGCUGUCCCAGUACCUGGACUACAUCCAUGUCAUGACCUAUGACUUCCAUGCCUCCUGGGAGGGCUACACUGGAGAGAACAGCCCCUUAUACAAAUACCCUUCUGACACUGGCAGCAAUGCCUACCUCAAUGUGGAUUAUGUCAUGAACUACUGGAUGGACAAUGGGGCCCCAGCUGAGAAGCUCAUCGUUGGAUUCCCUGCCUAUGGCCACACCUUCAUCCUGAGUGACCCGUCCAACACUGGCAUUAACGCCCCCACCUCUGGCGCUGGUCCUGCUGGGCCCUACACCAGGCAGGCUGGGUUCUGGGCCUACUAUGAGAUCUGUACCUUCCUGAAAAAUGGAGCCACUCAGGCAUGGGAUGCUCCUCAGGAUGUGCCCUACGCCUAUCAGGGCAAUGAGUGGGUUGGCUAUGAUGAUGUCAAGAGCUUCGGAAUUAAGGCUCAGUGGCUUAAGGAGAACAAUUUUGGAGGUGCCAUGGUCUGGGCCAUUGACCUGGAUGACUUCACAGGCACUUUCUGCAACCAGGGCAAGUUCCCCCUGGUCAACACCCUGAAGAAAGCCCUUGGGCUACAGAGUGCAAGUUGCACCGCCCCUGCUCAGCCUGUGGAACCCAUACCUUCUCCUCCCAGGAGUGGAAGUGGGAGUGGGAGCAGCAGCUCUGGAAGCAGCUCUGGAAGCAGCUCUGGAAGCAGCUCUGGAAGCAGCUCUGGAGGCAGUGGAUUCUGUGCUGGAAAAGCCAAUGGCCUCUAUCCUGUAGCAAAUAACAGAAAUGCCUUCUGGCAUUGCCUGAAUGGAGUCACAUACCAGCAAAACUGCCAGGCUGGGCUUGUCUUUGACACCAGUUGUGAUUGCUGCAAUUGGGCAUAA